AAACGAGGAGAAAGCGGACCGGAGGAGGACAGCGGGAGAAGGAGUUCCGUGGCCACUGCACGCGGGGCAGACCCAACUCCUCUCUAUUCUUUGUUUGGGGGCGUCUCCUCGCUUCUCUUCCCGUGCUGUCCCCUCCCCUCAUUCCCUUUCCAUCCCAGCUCUCUCUCUCUCUCUCCCCCCGGGGCGGGAGAAGCCGUGUUUGGUUCAGAGAGGGUCCUUUGGGAAGAGUCACAAAGCGGUUUCCUCUGAGAGAGAGGGAGAGCGAGAGAGAGGGAGAGAGAGAGAGAGCGGAGUGGCGAGAGCUCGGGAGUCUUCCGCGGGAAGCAGCGCAGCUCUGGACAUCACCGACGCCAGCGCGUCCCGGACCACUGAGCUGAGGCAGAGACGAGAGCGAGAGCAAAAAAAAGAGGAAGAAAGAAGUGUCAGAAAAUGAUGACAUCUGAUCCGGGUACUAGCUGAUCUCUCUGUUUUUUCUCUGUGACAGCCCAAAGCGGUGGGUUUCCACGCGCACCAGGAGUGACUUUUUCCAUCCUACACACAUAUUACGCACAGGGCGUGCGAUUUUUAACCCUUUUUUUUUAAGUGCUUGGAUAUUCUGGAUUUUAUGACUUAUUAUGAUUCGCCUACCGUUUUAGCACCAACUCCCUCCUCAGGACAAGAGAAAGUGGAAUAAAGGGUGCACGCUGGAUUGAGGUCUUUCUAAGCGCACGCAGCACCAGCAGCAAGAGUGCGUCUCAAGGUUCCUCCGCUCGAGUCACUGAAAGGGAUCCGCCAGAGAACAAGUGCAAAGCCGGGAGGAGAGAGGCAAACGGAGGGACUUGCAUCGAGCUCAGGAGGUUUGUUAAUGUUUGGAAUCCAGGAGAGCAUCCAGAGAAGCGGCAGCAGCCUGAAAGAGGAGCCGCUGGGAGGAAUGAACGUCCGGAGCUGGAUGCAGGGGGGCGGCGUGCUGGACGCCAACACGGCCGCCCAAAGUGGAGUGGGUCUGGCUCGGGCUCACUUUGAGAAGCAGCCGCCCUCCAACCUGCGGAAGUCCAACUUCUUCCACUUCGUCCUGGCUCUGUACGACCGGCAGGGCCAGCCGGUGGAGAUCGAGAGGACGAGCUUCGUGGACUUCAUCGAAAAAGAGAAGGAGACCAGCGGAGAGAAGACCAAUAACGGGAUUCAUUACAGGCUACAGCUUCUUUACAGUAAUGGCAUCAGAACAGAGCAGGACUUUUAUGUUCGACUCAUAGACUCCAUGACUAAACAGCCGAUUGUUUACGAAGGCCAGGACAAGAACCCAGAGAUGUGCAGAGUGCUACUGACACAUGAGAUCAUGUGCAGUCGGUGCUGUGACAAGAAGAGCUGUGGAAACCGUAAUGAGACACCCUCAGACCCUGUUAUCAUCGACAGAUUUUUCCUCAAGUUUUUCCUCAAGUGCAACCAGAACUGUUUGAAGAAUGCAGGAAACCCGAGAGACAUGAGGAGGUUCCAGGUGGUCGUAUCAACGACAGUGAGCGUGGAGGGACACGUCCUGUCGGUCUCUGACAACAUGUUCGUUCACAACAACUCCAAACACGGUCGACGGGCCCGCAGGCUCGAUCCUGUGGAGGGGACGCCGUCUUACCUAGAACACGGAGCAGCGCCCUGCAUUAAAGCUAUUAGUCCCAGUGAGGGCUGGACUACGGGAGGUGCUACUGUCAUCAUCAUAGGAGACAAUUUCUUCGACGGUCUCCAAGUAAUCUUCGGUACCAUGCUGGUUUGGAGCGAGCUGAUUACACCACAUGCCAUCCGGGUGCAGACGCCUCCCAGACACAUCCCUGGGGUUGUAGAGGUCACUCUGUCUUACAAGUCUAAACAGUUCUGCAAAGGCACACCAGGGAGGUUCAUAUACACAGCGUUAAACGAACCUACCAUCGACUACGGCUUCCAGAGGCUACAGAAGGUCAUUCCUCGGCACCCUGGUGACCCUGAGAGGCUGCCAAAGGAGGUCAUUCUGAAGAGAGCAGCAGACCUGGUGGAAGCCCUCUAUGGUUUGCCUCAUAAUAACCAGGAGAUCAUCCUCAAACGUGCAGCAGACAUCGCAGAAGCUCUUUACAGCGUUCCUCGAGGUCACACCCAGCUUUCCAGUUCAACUCACAGUGGCAUGAUGGGAGUCAACUCUUUCACCGGGCAGCUGUCCGUCAACGUAUCCGAACCCUCACAAGCCAAUCAGGCAGGUUUUGUGCGCAGCAGCAGUAGUGUGUCACCCCACGGUUACGUGCCCAGCUCCACACCUCAGCAGACCAGUUACACCUCAGUCACCAGCACCAUGAAUGGCUACGCCAACAACACCGGCAUGACCAACCUGGGAGGCUCGCCCACUUUCCUCAAUGGCUCUGCAGCCAACUCGCCUUAUGCUAUUGUUCCAUCCAGUCCUACUAUGGCCUCCUCCACCUCUCUUCCCUCCAACUGCUCCUCCUCUUCUGGUGUCUUCUCCUUCUCUCCAGCCAACAUGGUGUCAGCAGCAGUUAAACAGAAGUCCGCCUUUGCUCCGGUAGUCAGGCCCUCGUCGUCCCCUCCACCCUCCUGCACCAGUGCCAACGGCAACGGGCUUCAAGAUCAAACAUUUGUGGACUCUAGCAAGUACUCAACAGCCAGCUCUCUACAAGGCCUGGCCUUCACCUGAACAGCAAUCCCGGGAAUGAUCGUCCCACCCAUGUAAAAGUGUGUGUGCAUGAUUUUGUGUGUGUGUGUGUGAGUGAGAGAGAGAGAGUUGAACCAAGCACACUCUCACUGAUCGUGGUGGAGGCUUCAGUGUGAGUCUGACUCCGGUCGGCGAUGGAAGGAGUUGUCCCGAUUUGAAGGAACAAACCCAACUCAGGCCCUUUCUAACACAACAAAACAACUUCGAGAGAAAAAGAAGAAGAACAAAAAACAAACUGUUUGCAAGAAAAUAAGUUGUUUAGACUUUGUACACCUUGAUGCUUUUUAUAGGAGAACGGCCACGCCUCUUACAACUCUCCAAGGACACAGGAAGUGUAUUUAUUUUGGAGAGAAUCCACUUCCUCCCAUGAGUGUUUGUUGACUUUUUUUUUCUUUUCACGCAACAGUUUAUGUGUGAUAAUCAUCUUCUAACUGUAACCUACACGAGGUGGUUUCUAUUUAAGAAGUUUUGUCUUUAAUGAAGGAGUAAAAUGUGAAGCAUACCUGAUAAUGAUGAAGUGAUGAUGAGUCAAAAUGAUGAUGAAGUCACAGGGUCAAAUCCAGCCAACACAGACAAGCCAAACCAGACACACACUCACACACGCUUUCACUUCUCUUUGCCAAAUCCUUGCCACGCCAGAGGAAGCUUCUUAUCUGCAUCUGAUGCUCCAGUUUUAGCCAUUUAAGAAGUUUACUUUGAGCCUCCUCUACAUACAUCUGUCCUGCAUCUUCAGUCUUUCAGCCAACAGACUUGCUUCACUUGUAGUAGAAGAUAGAUUUGACAGUAGAUGCAUGUAAAAAGGAAACAAAUGAUCACAGAUCCUUUCCCACACAGUAGUACAUUAUUUUUGUGUGCCAAUAGCAGCUUCACUGCUCAGGAUUUGACCCCUACCCUCAAUUAUCCCUGUUACAGCAACUGGUUGAGACGCAUACAGCCGCAGAGACCUCUAUGAGAGGGAGGACAUGUCUUAAAAGACUGCUGCAAUUUAGACUUUUAUUUUGAUGUGUGAGAUUUGUUUUCUUGAGUUUUGUCAUAAUUGAAAAAUAUUUCUUUGGUUUUUUUGGUUUGCUGUGUUUGUUAUUUUGUUUUUUGUUUUUUUAUCAGCCGGCCAAUCAGAUUGUGCUUCUUUUUUCCCUGCCUGCUUUCUCUUCUAGUUUGAUUUGAAACUUGAGUGGGAAAAGUGCUGCGCUGCAACAAAUGUCAAGUUCAAAACAUUGCAACUGAGGAUUAAGAACAAUCGUUUUUUUCAAAAAGUGUUUGUGAAAACAAAUGCCGACGAGUCCUUGCAAGAAGAACAGCAACAUUAGACCUUUCAGCAGCUGCGCUCAAAUGAAGAAAGCUUACGUUUUUGUAGUGACUGCAGUAAUACAAGUGUGAUUCUAGGAUAGGUCAAGAAAACAUGCAAUACUAACAAAGAAAUGCUCUUUAUUCCACCUGAACCAAGUUGUAUUUGUGCUUAAUCGUUACUUUAAUUCAGUUUUUUAUUUUUAUUUAUAUAGCAUCAAAUCACAGCAGUAUUCGCUUCAAGGGGCUUUAGAUCGUAAAGAAACCUCAACUAUAAGACAGCCCCCUAUGUAUAAACACUUGGCGACAGUGGGAAGGAAAAACUCCCUUUAACAGGAAGAAACCUCCAGCCGAACCAUGCUUAAGGAGUGGCAGCCGACUGCUGCAACAUGUUAGUGGUGAGGGAAGGAGGAGAGGACAAAACACACAGGAGAGCAAGAAAUUAACAAUAACUAAUGAUUAAAAAGUUGUGCAUGCACAUAUAGAGAAUGAAAGGAUCGCCAACAUCACUAACCUGUAAUUCAUAGUUUUGUUACAUCAUUUAAAAAAAAACCUGAUAUAUUGUGUAAUCCUGAUAGGGACGUCAUAUUGUAAUUCUGAUGUUUAUGUUUCAUUCAGAUGACUCAUCGGUUCAGUAUUUUGCACUAUUUGUGACCUGAGGUAUAAAAAAAUUGCAUUUUUUGCAGCGCAGAACAAAUAGCCAGCAACAUGUCUUAAAUGCCCGCUGUGUAAAAACUAGCUGCAGUGUGUGUGUUUUUUACAGUCUUGAAGUCUUAAAAUAUGUUAUUUUUGCCAAAGCCCUUUUUGAGACAUUUAUGCUUAAACUGUCUUACGCCACAAUUAUUAAUAUGAUGUUUCUUGUCACACAUCAUAAAAAAUGAAAAUGCCAUUUUAAGUUAUCUGUCUGUGCUUAACACACAAGCACAUCUUUAAGCCAGGUUUAUGCUUUAUGGUCCCUGCACUGGUUGUGUAACAUGUCAAAUGUGAUGUCACAACGGCCCAGACUCUGUUUAUAUUGGUGCUCGUCCUGAAUGAUAGGUCCCGCCAUUCGCAAAAAGCCAUGACGUAGGUAUCCGGUCGUUAAGUCUGACGCAGUGUUGCCAACUUAGCGAUUUUAUUGCUAUAUUUAGCGAGUUUUCAGACCCCUUAGC